GUCUGUAUUGACUGGUAGCUGGUACACAUAGUGACCGCUGUCCAGCAACGGCUCCUAGCACAAAAUUUCAGCCCCGUCAGUGUUGCCGCGAGCUUUAACCAAUACGAGCUUUCUCAUUCAGUCUUCAUUUUUUUAUUCACGUACCUCAUACCUGUAGUUUCGAUAUAUAUAUAUUUCCCUCAUCUAUAUUUUCAUACGUGUAUAUAUUUUUUUUAAUAUUAAAAUCCAUAUCUUCCGGUUUUCUUCGAUUUGAUAAAUAAUUCAGUCAUUCUAUCAAAGCUGAUCAAUUGCAACAGCAAUUCUCUUUAAAUUUUAAAAGACUUGCACUUAUAGAACAGCCUUGAUCGCAAUUUUUUUACACGUUUAUUUUAGCUAACACGAGAGCUGUCAAUCCAAAUUGUCCGAAAAAAUUAAUUAUUUCUUUUUUAAAAGUGAACUUAUUGAAAAAAAAUAUUAAAUUUUUUUUAAACAAUUUUUUUUGCAAGUAAAAAAAAAUAAAUUACGUGCUUAAGUGAAUGUUUUAAGUGCCGCGUGACUUUUAACACACUUGUAAAUUAUUUCUUACAAUAAAUUCUGCGAAUAAGAUCAUCAGAGAUAUUUUUUAUGGCGAAUAGUUAAUCACCGCUGGUCGAUAAAAAAACUACAUAGUAUAUAAUUAUAAUUGUAAAAAAAAAAAAGUUAAAAAUGCCGGCUGGACUAUCAAGUCUUCCACCUUCUUCAUUUGACUACAACAACUACAAAUCACCUGCCUUCACGAUAAUCCACCGCGACCACCUCGACAGUACGCUGCCGAUUCUUCAUAUCAACAAUUUUAACAGCGAUGACAAUGAUAAUGACAAUUACAACAACGAGGACUGCAAGUACAACAAUAAAAAGAGUUACUUGGCAGAAAUAAAAAAUGAGAAGAAUAAUUUUUUAUCACGAAAGCGCAUCAGCAAGUCAAACGACCACUUAGUUCUCGCGAACCUGCAAAACAAUCAAGUUAAUCCGCUGAAGAAGAAACAGGUCGCUAAAAGUCAUGACCAGCUUGUCAAUAAUGAUGACAAAAAGCCGAACGAUUUAUCUUCGGGAUUAAUCGGGAAUAAAUUGCCGAUGAAUUUGACGACUGAAGAUUUUAGCGAAGUACUGACGGAUAAAUUUAAGGAUAAUGAUCGGCAAUUGGUUUCUUCUAGUAAAAGUAGCAAUAAAACUGUUAACUGUAAUAAUAAUAAUAAUAAUAUUAAUGUAAUUAAUAAUAAUAAACAAUCUCCACAAAAGAAACCAUUCAUAACAACAGUAAAGACAGGAGAAUUUUUACUACCGCCCCCAGAAGUAGCCUCGCUUCUUGGAAUGGCCCCAAAUGGCUCCUGGAUCGGUCACGACCUGGAUGACACACACGAGGGUCUUCCACGCUCCAGGUUCCGGCCGUUUGUUUUCCGUGGUAAGCGCCCGGAAGUACGUCACAGCAGUCACAAUGCUAGGUGUCCUGCGGCCCUUAAGGCUACUGUUGACUUUCCCGUAAAUGUUGUAAAUUCUUCGGGCGUCACUGCCUCGACCUUGGCUAAUGAAGUACGCUCUCGAAAAGCUCUUAACAACAAGCUUUCUGACACCGAUCUUCCAUGGACAUCACAAGCGUUACCCAAAAAGCUGGAACCUCUAAAAAACACAAUGCACGUGAUUUUAAAUAACGAUGGCGAUCAAUCACUUCCCUUUGCGAAUAUUAUGUUCGAUAGACGUGUUGUUCGUGGUAGCACAUACGCUUCAGCUUCUAAUAUUGCCGACUGUGAACAAUCUGAAGCAGCUAGGCAAGCUGAGGCAAGAAGAAAACAAAUUUAUAAAAAAAGAGCUCAAAUUCAAGCCACCAGGUCCAUGAUGAUGAGGAUUUCUUCACCUCCUCCAGUUCCUGGAAGAAAACAUGAACCUGUUCAAACGGAUUUAUACCUUGAAGAAUUGCUUGAAAAACCUCAAGAGUCAGAAGCUGCUACACAAACAGAUUAUUUCUUGGACAGGCCAUCAACACCUCUGCAUUGUACCGGUAAAGUCGGGGUGGAUGCUGAAACCCAAAUAGGACCUGGCGAUCUCUUUGACUUCGACGUUGAAGUUCAACCUAUCCUCGAAGUCCUGGUAGGAAAGACGAUAGAGCAGGCCCUGAUAGAAGUCCUGGAAGAAGAGGAACUCGCUGCUCUGAAAGAGCAGCAAAGAAGAUUCCAUGAAUUAAGAGCGACGGAGAAAGUCGAGAAGCUAAGGCUUGAAGAACAGGAGCGGAGGCUCAGAGAAGAAAAGGAACAAAGACUGAAGCAACACGAUGAAGCUUUAAAGAUCCAAGAAGAAACAAAAGAACGUGUAGCAGCUGCUGUUUUAUUGACCGGAUACGUAGCCGAGCUAUUGCCAAGUGUAUUAGACAGAUUAAAAAUGUCCGGAUAUUUAUUAGAGGAAAUAAAAGAAGAAAUGGGGAAGGGAGAAGGUUUCAUUCCCUGGCUCGUCAGCGAGGUAAAGAAAGAAAUGGACACAAUGGUCGACAGCAAAGAAUUACUCGAAGACAUUAUCAAAGAAAUUCUCGAGAAUCGAGCCGAAGUUUACCGAAAACAAGCCGAAGACUACGAAGAAGAAAGUAUAAGAUCACCAGUAACUCCAAAAAACAGCGAAAAUGAAGCUGAAGAAAUAAAUGAAGAAGAAAUAAGUAAUGAUUCAAAGGGUGAAAAUUUGGCCACUCACGAAUCAAUGUUAACUGAGGAUGCAGAGGACCAAUAGCAGAGGAUGAAAUAAAAAUUUGAUGAUAAAUUGAGUCAUCGUUUGUACUUAAUCCUCGUCUAGCUGAUCGUUUAAUGUAAAAUGCAAUCCAUGGAGAGAUGGUUAGUCUUUUUUGUUAUUUUUCGAACAAACGGGGGAGAGACCAGCAGCUUUGGCUGCCCGGCCGGUCUUUGCUCUAUAUACCAUGGUACAUGUCCAUACCACCUUCUUUUACAUAGUACAUUAGUAGCGGUGUACACAGCUGCGAGACAAAUCCAUCAGCUCGGCUGUCUCCACCCCGCGGGUGCAUGACUCUCGUGAUCAAGCUCGACACCACCGAGGAACCUCCAAUGUGAUGGGCUACAUCCUAUGAACAAACAUCCCCGGCCUUGUCACAAGCCCACAUUAAAAAUCAAUUAUUGAUUUUUCUUCAUAAGAAUUACACUUAACACUUAAAAUAAUUCCCUGAUUUCAUUCUGUGCCUUAUUUAUUAUAUCCCGGAUAAAUAAAUAUAAAUAAAUUGAUGUUUUGGUUUAUCUUGUCAAGGAAAAUAUUAUUUUUUAUCUUA